GUACGGUUUCGUGUGUAUGUAACAAGAAAACGAAAGUGUAUGGAAGUGGGAAGGUGCAGAUUUGUUUCGUGUUUGCUGUCUUUAAAAUGUUUUUUACCUCGCAUAUUUUAAACAAAAGGGUCGUAAAUGAAUAGUUCGUGGUACGUACCUUGUAAUAGUAAAGACGCCAUGAUAGAGGAUUACGAAAUUGCAGUGCCACUUAAUGUAAAAAAUGACGAACCAGUUGAUGCAAAAUUAUUUUGGCAAGGACCCAGAAAAGCUUGGCUUAAACUUUCAGUACUCCAAGGCAAAGAUUUCCCUCCCAUGGAUCCAACUGGUAAGGCAGAUCCUUAUUGUAUUGUAAAAUUUGGAGAUGAGGAGCACUUUACAUCAAUUCAGUACAGAACAGUUGAGCCAGUUUGGAAUCAAACAUUUAUUUUUGAAGUUGAUAACAUUCCUCAGACAGCCUUUUCUUUCCCUUUGUCAACUGUUAACAACAGUGGUGUUCUUCAGCUCUCACAAAUUCCAUUAUGUGAGCUAUUGUAUUACAUUUACAUUGACGUCUGGGACAAAGAUACACUUAAUAGGGAUGACUACAUGGGCCGUGUUAUUAUACCUGUUUCUUCUAUUGAAGUGGGAACUUCAUGCAAGUGGUAUCCAGUUGGACGGACUCCAUCUUCCCCUGCUGCUACUGGUCGCAUUGAAUUAAGUAUAACACUAAAGAGUCUUGAUGAUGCGGAGCCCCUCCCAAGAUGGUGCAUUGAUGAUUUGUUAAUAAAAGAUGGAGAGAAAUGUGCAAAUUUUCAACUUCCAAUCAAAUCAGAGGAUCAGGUAGUUCAAUACCCAGGCACUAGUGAGCAUGUUGAACUGGUUAUUGAUGAUGUGUUGGUUGAAGUCAGUGGCCAUCGUGGUUUGGGAAGAAUUUUUUUAACUGACUACAGAUUAGUUAUUCUAUGCACAGAUGCGAGCUCAACAAAUCUGGCUAAAACAUCAGAUUUAUCAAUGUGGGUUCCCUUGAAUUUAAUCACCAGUGUAGAGCGUGGUGAUGAGCAAAAGGUCAUUAGAAAAACUGAAUCUGGCAAUGCCGGUGUUACUGAUGUAAAAACACUUGUUUUAAAAUGUGAAGACUUUCGAACGAUACGAUUUACAUUUUUAAAAUCCAAACCAAACGUCCAUUCCUAUUUAGAAACAAAGACACACACUUUAGAUGAAGUAAAGGAGCUUGAAGAAGAUAUUGAAGAUUUAUCACCUAUACUAGACCGCACAUUAAGUGUGGCAUCAAAAGCCGAUGUUACGUUGGGAAGAAAAAUGGAAAUGAAAAGACAAGAUACUUCAAUAUUGGAAGCAGUAGCGGUGGAUAACAAACCUAAAAGUGGUUGUGUAUCAAGAAUGUUUCACAUAUUUCAUAAAAGACUUAAAUUUAUUGUUUGGAAUGCAAACAGAUUCCCUCCUGCCAAAGCAUUUAUGAGUUGCAGACCUGAUUUCUAUUUGAAUGGUUGGGAUGUUUAUAAUCCAGAAUUGGAGUUUCAACGACAAGAGAUCAGUGAUUCAUGGAAACUGUCGAAAUUGAAUGGAGAUUACUCUAUAUCACAUUCUUACCCAAAACAUAUGUAUGUGCCAUCAUCUGUUAAGGAUGCUGACAUAGAAGGUUCUGCUAUAUUUCGAUCUAAGGGUCGCAUUCCUUCGCUUACGUGGUUUCAUAAGAGUAAAAAAACAUUUAUUAUGAGAUGUUCUCAACCAAAAAUCGGAACAAUGGGAAAGUUUUCAGUUGAGGAUGAAAACUUUGUGCAAGCAGCCAGACAUAUCAGUCCAACAAAAAGACUGGUUAUAUUCGAUGCUCGAUCGAUGCUUGCAGCAGGAGGAAAUCGGUUAAAGGGUAAAGGAACGGAAGAUAUUGUUAACCGUUAUCAUGGCAUGAAACUUCUUUUUUUGGACAUUGCUAAUAUUCAUGCUAUGAGAGAUAGUAUUGAUAAAUUGCAGACCGUAUGUGAGUCUGUACAAGAAAAUAAAUGGCUGUCGCAGUUGGAAUCGACACAAUGGCUGUCCCACAUUAGAUCAGUGCUAAAGGGUGCCGCUUUGCUUGCACAUUACGUGACUGAGAAAAAUACUUCUGUUCUUGUUCAUUGUUCUGAUGGAUGGGAUCGAACACCACAACUCACUGCAUUGGCCCAGAUAUUGUUGGAUCCUUAUUAUCGAACCUUUGAUGGGUUUAAGGUUUUGGUGAUGAAAGAUUGGAUAUCAUUUGGUCAUCGAUUUAGCGAUCGUUUGGGCGACCCUUUAGCACCUUCACAAAGAUCGCCAGUUUUUCUCCAGUUUCUUGACUGCGUCUGUCAGAUAUUGAUUCAAUUUCCAAGUUGUUUUGAAUUUACCCAGGGGUAUCUUGUUCGAAUUGCAGAGCACUUGAACUCUGGAUGGUUCGGCAAUUUUUUGUGUAACACGUUAAAAGAAAGAGAACAAGAGAAUAUUGUCAGAACAACUGUUUCAAUAUGGGCUCACUUGGACGCAAUGCAAGAAGAAUUUAGAAAUCCUCAGUUCAAACCAACCGAUGAAACUUUGAUGCCCAUUUGUAGUCUACGACGUUUAUAUUUCUGGAAUGAAUAUUAUUUACGCUUUGACGACGUUGCAUUUUCUGGUGUCGAAGCUUUAGAAGAUUUUGAAGACACUAAAGAGUUGGAGGACUUGAUGAGCCCGGCUAAUACCGUUGUUUGGGUUCCGGACGAACGCGUGCGAGAGUGUCAUGAUUGCAAACAGAAGUUUACUGGUAUUAGGAGAAGACAUCACUGCAGAGCAUGUGGUCAAGUGUUUUGUGGUGGCUGUACCCGACAUCGAGCAAGAUUACCUUACCUAGGAUACAACUCUCCUGAAAGAGUAUGUGACGUAUGUUGGGUCAUCGUGUCUAAAGUAGGAUCUGAUGAAGAGGAUGAAUAUGAGAUCAUAACUGAAGAGCCCUCCACUAUUGGUUGUUUCUGAAAAAAGAAUAUACGUAUCAAGACAAACAUUUCACAGAUGAAGGCUACUCAAUCUCCUUUGACAAGAGGCCAAUUCUUAGCGGGAAAUACAUGUUCAGGUUUACAGUGACUGUAAUUUUGGACGAAAGAUAUAAAAAGACGUAUAUUUAUUAGCAGUUAUAAAAAGGUUUUUAGACAAAUUGUAGUUCUUAUUUUCAAGUGCUCGUUUCAUAAGUUUAGUAGUUUUGUAUAAAAUUGGAUCUGCAAGUUUGAUUAAUAAAGGUCUUGCUAUUCAAACGAAACGUUUUUACUGCUUUGUGUCGGAUAAUUCGUAAGCUUACCCCACUUGUUGGCAAAAGUUGGUCUUACAAGUUUUGGCCUAUUCUGUUUUGUUUUUUGAAAAAAUUAUUUUUUUAUUACGUAUUUGAAUUUUUACAUGCUGCAAUUUGUAAAUAGCAUAGCGAUAAAUAUUUCACAAUUGUUAAGAUUUUUUUUUUUCUCUCCCGUAACGCGACGGAAGGUAAUUCGCUCAAUUUUCAGUCUCGUUCUUUUGUCCCUAUUCUGUGGCCAAAUGGUACUACAUUGGCAUUUUCACUGGUAUUUAUUUUCGCGAAUUUCAGUUUGUUUUGCGAAAUUCACUUGAGCAUUGAUUCGUGGAAGUUAAUGUUUCGCGUAAAAAUUACGGUCAAGAAGGGUCUAUUUUAAAGUUCAAUCCUCAAGAUUUUUAAGGUUAACUUAUGCUUAUUUUUGAAGUAAGUGCUUGCAAAAUUUCUUAAAUUACGAUUUGCAAAAAAUACAUGCUCGUAAAAAUUUUUAUAACUUACUCGCGAAAUUCAAAAUUUGGGUGAAUCUUCCCAUUCUCAAGUUUGUCCACUCACGACGGCUUAUAAAUUGUUUAGCGAAACAACUAGGGUCUAUUCUGACUAAAAAAUAUCUCUGACUUUUUUUAAAUUUUGGUGGUUGUUUUGAAAAAUUGCUGAAAAACUAAGAGAUGGCAGCAGAAAUAGACAAAGUUUGAAAAACAUGCCACGAAAAAAUUAAAAUAAUAAAAAAUUUGCCCGAACUUUUAUUUGAAGCAAAAUCAAAACCACGAGUUUUGCGAGAACUAUAGGCAUAGGUGUUGAUUAUUAUAUGUUCAAGGUCUUAUAUUAACAUGUACAGUUAAAAUCCAUUGUCAUCUACAAAAAAACAUGAUUUUGAACCGAUUUCAAAAAUAACCAAGUGACAAAAUCUCAA